AUGAGGUACAGCCCGUGUCUUCCACAGGCUCGGAAUGUGAGGCGGCAGAGUGACACCUGGGGCGUCUGGGGCGAGUGGAGCCCCUGCAGCCGGACCUGUGGAGGAGGCGUCAGCUUCCGGGAGCGCCCCUGUUACUCCCAGAGGAGAGAUGGAGGCGCCAGCUGUGUGGGCCCCGCGCGCAGUCACCGCACCUGCCACACCGAGAGCUGCCCAGACAGCAUGCGGGACUUCCGGGCUGAGCAGUGCGCAGAGUUCGAUGGCACCGACUUUGAGGGCCGGCGCUACCGGUGGCUGCCCUACUAUGCUGCCCCAAACAAGUGUGAACUGAACUGCAUUCCCAAGGGGGAAAACUUCUACUACAAGCACAGGGAGGCCGUGGUGGACGGGACACCCUGCGAGCCUGGCAAGCGGGACAUCUGUGUGGACGGCGUCUGCCGAGUUGUUGGCUGCGAUCACAAGUUAGACUCGACCAAGCAGGAGGACAAGUGUCUGCAGUGUGGGGGUGAUGGCUCCACCUGCUACCCGGUCACAGGAACCUUUGACGCUGAUGACCUCAGCAGAGGCUACAACCAAAUCUUCAUCAUUCCUGCGGGGGCCACCAGUAUUCGCAUCGAGGAAGCUGCGGCCAGCAGAAAUUUCCUGGCCGUGAAGAGCGUCCAUGGAGAAUACUACCUCAACGGGCACUGGACCAUUGAGGCAGCCCAGGCUCUGCCAGUGGCCAGCACAGUCCUACAGUACGAAAGGGGCGUGGAAGGGGACCUGGCCCCUGAGCGGCUCCAGGCACGGGGCCCCACCUCAGAGCCCCUGAUCAUCGAGCUCCUCAGCCAGGAACCCAACCCCGGCGUGCACUACGAGUACUACCUGCCGUUGAAUGACCUCGGCCAAGGCUUCAGCUGGAGCCACGGCUCCUGGGGCGACUGCAGCGCUGAGUGCGGAGGAGGUCACCAGUCUCGCCUGGUGUUCUGUACCAUUGACAACGAAGCCUACCCGGACCACAUGUGCCAACACCAGCCUCGGCCCGCCCACCGACGUUCCUGUAAUCCUCACCCUUGCCCAAAGACCAAGCGCUGGAAGGUAGGACCGUGGACACCCUGCUCAGUCUCCUGUGGGGGUGGAUUCCAGUCUCGGCCUGUCUACUGCGUCUCCUCAGAUGGGGCUGGAGGCCAGGAAGCUGCCGAGGAGAUCCAGUGUGCUGGUCUACCUGGAAAGCCCCCUGCCACACAGGCUUGUAACCUGCAGCACUGUGCAGCCUGGAGUGUGGAGCCCUGGGGAGAGUGUUCCGUUACCUGUGGAACUGGCAUCAGGAAGAGGAGUGUCACCUGCCGGGAUGCUGAGGAGUCUCUGGUCCACGCCUCAGCAUGCUCCUUGAAGGACCAGCCACCCCCCACUGAGCCCUGUGUGCAAGAGGCCUGUCCUGUACUCCGUGGCCAGGCCUGGCAUGUGGGCGUGUGGAGUCUAUGCUCGAAAAGCUGUGGUUUGGGAACCCGGAGGCGACGUGUCACCUGCGCCAUUGGGCCGCCCGGUCACUGUAGGGACCUGCAGUCGUCCAAGCCCGCGGAGGUGGAGCCCUGCAACAGACAGCCCUGCCAUCUUCCUCAGGAGGUCCCUAGCAUACAGGACUCAAGGACCCACCCCUCAGACCCCAGGAUGCCUGUAGGCCCUCAAGUGUCCCCAGUCUCAGAUGCAAGAGACCAGCGAUGGACUGCCCAGGAGCGACCCAGGGCCCAGAGUAACCCCAGGGAAGGCCCAGACCCCCACCAGUCAGCUGCAGGCCGGGUCCCCACUCUGCAGCACCCUCCACACCGCUCACCCCUGAGGCCUAACUCAGGCCCCCGUGACUGCAGACACAGCCCCCAUGGAUGCUGCCCUGAUGGCCACACACCAUCUCUUGGGCCACAGUGGCAAGGCUGUCCCCUGGCUGGGGCCUUGUGUCUUCAGAGCAGGUACGGAUGCUGCCCUGAUGGGGUGUCUGCAGCUGAGGGGCCCCAUCAGGCUGGCUGCACCAGGUCUCACGGCAGUGACAAUACCGGGAACAGGCCAGGGUCCAGGGCAGUGGCUUCCAAGGUCCCUAAAAUCCACCAUCAACCGCAGGCCCAUGAGGGUGAACCCAGUGAUUGUCGUGGGUCCCAAUUUGGCUGUUGCUAUGACAACGUGGCUGCUGCAGCUGGUCCUCUGGGAGAAGGCUGUGUGGGCCAACCCAACUACGCCUACCCAGUGAGGUGUCUGCUGCCCAGUGCUCCUGGAUCGUGCAGAGACUGGGCUGCCCACUGGUACUUUGUGGCAUCGGUGGGCCGGUGUAACCGCUUUUGGUAUGGCGGCUGCCACGGCAAUGCCAAUAACUUUGCAUCGGAGCAGGAGUGCAUGGCUAGCUGCCGGGAGCACCCUGGGCCCCGCCAUCCUGAGGCAGGCGCCUCUGGGCAUCGUGUCCACAUGAACGGUGGCCAGCGUGGUCCUGGAGGCCAGCAGGAACCUGAUUGGCACAGGACAAGAGCCACAGUCCCGAGACUGCCCUCACCUUCCGGAAGCCCUUGGCGGAGAGAAGAAGAGCCAGGGCCUGGGGAGGCGCACUACCCCCCAGCCUAUGGAAGCCGACCUGGAGAUCAGGACCUCCGGCCCAGAGUCCCUGGGCUGGGUAGAGAUGCUAGACCGCCAGUGCUGCCCACACAUAGCUCCUACAGGAUCAGCGUGGCAGGCUCGGAGCCCUCCCUGGUCCAGGCAUCUGUUGGGCAGGCGGUACAGCUCUUUUGCCCUGGCAACACCUCCCCGGAGUUCCAGACAGGGUGGCAGAAAGAUGGCCAGACCCUCUUCUCUGAUAGGUACCAGUUACAGUCAGAUGGCUCCCUCAUCAUCAGCCCCUUGAGGCCAGAGGAUGCUGGCGCCUAUAGCUGUGGCAGCCACAGGCCAGGCCAUGACCCCCAGAAAAUCCAGCUUCGAGUGACAGGGCGUGACAUGCCAGUGUUGUCCGAGGCCCAGCCAAGGCAGUUCCCUCAGACCAGGCAUCCAGACCCUGGCCAUGGUCCUCGGGACUCUGGAGCAGAAGCUGGGGGCCCAGGGGCUAUCUCUUCCCCACACCUCAGGCCUGUCAGCAGGCUGCGUCUGGAUCGGACUCAGCCUGGGGUGGUGGAUGCCAGUCCUGGCCAGCGGAUCCAGCUGACCUGCCGUGCUGAAGGCUUCCCGGCCCCCACCAUCGAGUGGCAAAGAGAUGGGCAGUUGGUCUCUUCUCCCAGGCACCAGCAGCAGCCUGACGGCUCUCUCGUCAUCAGCCGGGUGACCGUGGACGAUGGUGGCUUCUACACUUGUGUUGCAUUUAAUGGGCAGGACCGUGACCAGCGCUGGGUUCAGCUUCGAGUUCUGGGGGAGCUGACCAUCACAGGCCUGCCUCCUUCGGUGACAGUGCCAGAGGGUGACACAGCCAGGCUUCUGUGUGUGGUGGCUGGAGAGAGUGUGAACAUUCGGUGGUCCAGGAAUGGACUCCCAGUGCAGGCAGAUGGCCACCGUGUGCACCAGUCUCCAGAUGGCACACUGCUGAUCCACAACCUGCGGCCCAGGGACGAGGGCUCUUACACAUGCAGUGCCUACCGUGGGAGCCAGGCUGUGAGCCGCAGCACCGAGGUGAAGGUGGCCCUGCCAGCACCAGUCGCUCAGUCCAGGGACCUGGGCAGGGAGUGCAUCGACCAGCCGGAGCUGGCCAACUGUGCCUUGAUCCUGCAGGCCCAGCUCUGUGGCAAUGAAUAUUACUCCAGCUUCUGCUGUGCCAGCUGCUCUCGCUUCCAGCCAAAUGCUCAGCCUGACUGGCAGCAGGGAUGAGGGCUAGCUGUGGCGCCGGUUCCGGAUGGUUUGCUGGGGAGAAGGGAUGGUAAGACACGGCUUGCGGAGGAGUCACCUCUCGGGAAGCCAGAGUUAAGCCCCAGCAGCUGCCAGUGCCAGCCUCCCCCUGUAGUGCUCAGCAGGGUCUGUGUGCUAUGACGUCAGGUUGCUGAGAAGAGGACUCCACCUAUACAGAACUGUUCCUUUACACCUUCUCUUUAUAGUUCCUGCUGCGUUGAGGAUCCUUUAUCUGAAAUGCUUGGGACCAAAGUGUUGUAAACUUUGAAAUAUUUGCAGACUUUACUAGUGGAGCAUCCCUAAUCUAAAAAUCUGAAAUGAUUGGAAGCCGAAAACGCCCAAAUGCCAUGUCAGCCUGCGAAAACGUCGAGAAGUAUGUUUGAUUUUGAGUGAGGGAUGCUCAAUUUGUAUAGAGGAUCCACUCACCACAUUACAGAGCAAGCUGGGGAGGGAGGCACGUGACAGUAGCAGUAGCAGCAACUGCUCAGAGUAUUCUAUGCUAGAACCCAGUCAUUGGGUCAGACGGUGAGCUGUCUUCCAGGCCUCUUCAUCUUCCUGGUAGUGGCCCAGCUGGCUUCAAUACUAUCACUGUAUGGAGUUUAUAGUGAUGUUAGGGGACAUUCUCAGCAAGGGGGCACACAGCCCACUGGCCUGCUCUGGGCUGCCCUGAGGGGGAAUCUGUGCAGCAGAGCACUUGUUGCUAGAGUCAGAACUAUGCUGAAAACAGCAGCCGGGGGCUGGGGAGAUGGCUCAGUGUUAAAACAUGCACUGCCAGGCCUGAUGGCCUGAGUAUGACCUGGAACCCACACUGGGAAUGGUGGUGCAUGCCUAUAAUCUUGCUCAGGAAAGAGCUGAGAAACAGCUGGGGUCAGCUGUCUGCAGGUACAAGCAGGAAGCUGAGCAGCGACAGUAAACUGCUCUAGACCAGGGGUGCUUACCCUGCUAACCAGAUUGUAACAAACCGCCAGAAACACACUCCUCAAGAUCUGAAGCACAGCUUGGUACUCUCACUGAAAUUUUGAUUUAAUUGGGCUGGUGAAUAGUCUGGUAUUAUAGGUAUUUGUGUGGGUGUGCAUGCGCAGUGGGAGAUGGUGGGAGAUCUCAGGCAUGCUGAGUUCACAUUCCACUAAGCUGCACCUCAGGGAAUUCCAAUAUACAGCCAAAGCUGAGAAGCCGUGCUGUCAGGCAGUGGUGGCACACUGAGAGGCAGAGGUAGGAGGAUCUCUCCGAGUUCGAAGCUAGCCAGGACGACAUAGUGAGACCCUGUCUCUAUCCAUACGGCACCACUCAGAGUCCCGGCUUCUGGGUGUGGUCCAUGCUGCUGCUGCAGAUCAACUCAGCAUCACAGCCAUUGAUGCACCCAUGACAGCUAAGGACUACACUAGUCCCAAACUAGAAACCGGCAGUAGAGAGAAAUAAAAAACAGAACUAGAAGUUCACUUGCAAAUAAGAACAGCCCUUCAUGGGCAAAAGCUUCUACCACGAACAUUUAUUUUGUUAAAGCAGAUUAUAAAUUCUCAUCAGUACAAAUAUAUAUAUGUAUAUAUAACUUACAUUUGAUUGUAAGGCCAACGUUCAAAAGUAAAAAUGAGAUGGGGUCUCACGUUGUUACCCGAGGUCAAGUAGCUGCAACUGGCAUGGGCUGCUCUGUUCAUGGUGGGGAGGAGGGGAAACGGACACACAGAACAGAUAAAUCCAGAAUCCUCAUCCCUAUAAAACUUACGGGAACGAAACUUUAAGGACAAAACCCAUUAAGACCCAUACUACAAACCAACACAACAGACUGCAUUCCCUUCUGGUAUGACUAUGUCACUGUCACCUUAAUGAUAAAGGAUUAACAUAAGGAAACUGCAAUGAUACAUAAGAUAAUACACAUUCUCUAGAGCGUAGAUUGAUUCCAUUAAAAUAAUGACAUUAGAGUUUCACCAUAGGUUUAAAACAAGAACAACACUGUUUUCAUUUUAUUUAAAACUACAACCUAGUGGCUGUACUGGUCAUCAGUAUGAUUGUUGUUGCAUGUGCUAGUUACAGUGAAUGAUCACAGACAAGCCAGGGCUCCUGCCCACAGUUCCCGACCCUCCCUCUUUACUUCAAUAGGCAUCAACGAUAAAUCAAUCUUAUGUACAAUUUCUUACAACUAACCCGCUCAGUUUUGGCAAGAUUACUUACAACUCAUACAACUUUUUAAUAUUGAGAACUAUUUAAAAUAUUCUAGGUGCAUAAAAAUAAAGAUUUUGGCUUUUUUGAUAUAUA